UUGAGGGCAUCGGUGGUUCCCCGUAGAAUCCCCUGGGGCCUCAAACCUGAAGAUCUCCAGAAUGGACAAGACUGCGGGAUCUGUUCGGGGUGGGGACGAGGUGUACCUUCUGUGCGACAAGGUGCAGAAAGAUGACAUCGAAGUCCGGUUCUAUGAGGAUGAUGAGAACGGCUGGCAGGCCUUUGGAGACUUCUCUCCCACCGAUGUCCACAAGCAGUACGCCAUUGUGUUCCGGACCCCCCCCUAUCACAAGAUGAAGAUUGAGCGGCCAGUGACGGUCUUCUUGCAGCUAAAGAGGAAGCGGGGAGGGGAUGUUUCUGACUCCAAGCAGUUCACCUACUAUCCCAUGGUGGAAGACAAGGAGGAGGUUCAGCGCAAGCGGAGGAAGGCCCUGCCGGCCUUUUCCCAGCACUUUGGAGAUGGCUCCCACAUGGGUGGGGCUGGGGGAGGUUCUGCUGGAGGUUAUGGAAACGGAGGAGGAGGUGGUGGGCUCAGCUUCUUCCCCACCUCUUCCCUGAACUAUGGCCUGUACUCUCCGGGGGCUGCCCCAGUGGGCAGUUACUCUGGGGGGACAGGAGUCCAGAUGUCUGGAGAGAGUGAGCGCGCAGCCGAUGGUGAGGGAGGGAAGCAGACAGCCCCUGAUUCCUCUGUCCACCCCCCACCCCAGGGACCCCAGGCCUUAAAGAUGCUGCAGGAAGCCCGGCAGUAUAACCUCCGCAUGUUUGGGCUGGCCCAGCGCAGUGCCCGGGCCUUGCUGGACUAUGGGGCCACAGCAGAUGCCCGAACCCUGCUGGCCGGGCAGUGCCACCUGCUGAGGGCCCAGGAUGAAAACGGAGACACGCCCCUCCAUUUGGCCAUCAUCCACGGGCAGACGAGUGUCAUCGAGCAGAUGGCUCACAUCAUCUUCCGGGUGCCCCACCUCGGCAUCGUCAACCUCGCCAACCACUUACAGCAGACGCCCCUUCACCUGGCCGUGAUCACAGGGCAGAGCCGAGUGGUCAGCUUCCUGCUGAACAUGGGCGCCGACCCGACCCUGCUGGACCGCCACGGGGACUCCGCCCUGCACCUGGCGCUGCGGGCCGGGAAUCCCGGCCUUCUGCAGGCCCUCCUGUGCCAUGCGGGGCCUGCUCUCCCCCAGCUGCUACUCAUGCCCGAUUAUGAGGGCCUCUAUCCCGUGCACCUGGCCGUGCGCGCCCACAGCCCCGAGUGCCUGGACCUGCUGGUGGGCAGCGGGGCCGACGUGGAGCUGGCGGAGCGGCAAGGAGGGCGCACCGCCUUACACCUGGCCACGGAGGCGGAGGAGCUGGGGCUCGUCAGCCACCUCAUCACCAAGCUUGGCGCCAACGUGAAUGCCCAGACUUUUGCCGGAAACACACCCUUGCACCUGGCAGCCGGCCUGGGAUCCCCCACCCUCACCCGCCUGCUGCUCAAGGCCGGAGCUGAUGUGCAGGCUGAGAAUGGGGAGCCCCUCUGUCCGCUGCCCUCACCCCCAAACUCAGGCAGCGACUCGGAGUCAGACGGGACAGAGGAAGGAAGCGGAAGGAAACACCGGGGUCACACACCCCUGGACCUUACCCGCAGCGCAAAGGUUAGGACCCUGCUGCUGAAGGCUGCUCAGGACACCGCAGAGCCCCCCCUGACUCCCCCAAGCCCCACAGGCCCUGGCCUGUCCCUGGGGGCCGCCACCCUGCAGGGCCUGGAGCGGCUGUUGGACGGACCCGGCGGUGGCGGAGAUUGGGCUGAGCUAGCUGAGAGGCUGGGACUGCGCAGCCUGGUGGACACCUACCGCAGCACGGCCUCCCCCAGCGGCAGCCUGAUCCGAAGCUACCAGCUGGCCGGAGGAGACUUAGCGGGCCUGAUAGACGCUCUGGCCGCCAUGGGCCUGGAUGAGGGAGUGCGGCUCCUGCAGGGAACGGAGCCCAGGGACAAGCUUCCGAGCACGGAAGUCAAGGAGGACAGUGCCUACGGCAGCCAGUCAGUGGAGGAGGAGCAGGAGAAGAUGAGCACAGUUCCCACGCCUGCUGGGGAACUCUCCCACAGGCAGCCCCAGGAGCAGGUGCACUGACGCCAACCUUGCCCACAGUAUGGGACCCAUGCCUGCCCAUGGAGGUGCCCGCUGUACAGAUACCCCCACCUGUGCCCACACCCUUAUUUAAUGCCCUGAUUGGUCCUUUGGUUCUGGUGAAUAAAGGUAUGUGGGGGCUGGGGACCCAACCACCCCACCCUAUGACA